AUGAAUAUGAACAGUAGUAAUAGUGAUAGUACUAAAAAGAGGAGUGUUGAGAUCAUACCAUGGAUUGAGAAACAAGUUUUGUCUAUAAAUACAUCAUCUAAAAAGAUUGGUCAAGUUAUAACUGGUGACAUAACAAACAUAAAUAAAGAUCGAUUUAUUAGUACUGAAAAGAAAGUAUUAUAUCUCUCAGAUAGACAGACAUUUAUACCCAUUUCAAUUACUGAUGAGGCAUUGAGUAAAUGUGCAAGAAAGAGAGUAGCGAUAGCCAAACCUUCAAAGUCUAAUAUCGACAUUGUUAUUGGUGCAAUCAUUUCUAUCAAUGACCUUGAAUUGGUCAAUGACAAUGGUAGUUUCUCAUUGAAUCUAAAGGAUUUUGAUAUUAUAACAAGAGACAAAUUCAAUUUGAAAUCACUUAUUCCCAUCACAGAUCUACCAAAAAUCAAAGACUUUUUAAAGAAUAGCCAUUCAUCUGGUGCCUCUACUGUCACUCCUAUUACACCGAUUAUCGAUGACAAUGACAGAAAUAAUAAUAAUUGUUAUUCAAAUGGAUUCGAAUUCGAUCCUUAUGAUUGUAUAAUACCUCAAGACCAAUUGAAAAUUCUGGAGAGUUUAAUAUUUGUGAAUGGUAAAUGGGAGCAACCUAUUAAAGUAAAGACAGAGAAGCAGCUUCCAAAUGAAAAGAUAUCAAAACCAAACAGUAUAAGUAAAAUAAUGAAUGAUAGUAUUAGAAAUAAGAUCAAUGCAACAACAAAAACAACAAAACAACCACAACAACAUGUAGCUUCAAAUCAAACAAAGUCAAAGGGGAAAAGCUCACAGAUAGAAGAGGAGAUAGAAGAAGAGGAGCAAGUUGAUAGAGAUAAAGCUAGAGUAGAGGAUGAAGACCCAAUUGUCAAUUCAAAUGUUAGUGGUAAUGGUAGUAGUAGUAAUGAUCAACAUUCAGGUUUUGAAGAUGAUAUAUCUUAUUCUUCAAUGGAUUUAGCAUAUUCCAUGCCAGACGGCUAUAAUAGUAACAAUAGCAAUAAAAGGAAACUCUCAAGUCUUAAGUGUCUCUGGCAACAGGAAACAGAAGAUAUAUAUGAUUCACAAGUAUCGUUAAUAAUUGAUACAGAAAAAACAACUACGACAACUACAACCACUACGACAACUACAACUACCAGCGAUAAUAGCAACAACAAUAAUAACAACAACAAUAAUAAUAAUGAAGAUAAAGAAAUUAACAAUUCCCCAGAUAAUGAUUUUGAAUUAUCAGAUGAUGAAUCCAACAGAAAGGUGUUGGAUCAUGAUAAGAAAGCAACAACAACAACAUCAAACAUGGGACCACCACAAUCACAGUUUCCAAUAGCAUCACAAAUACCAUACUCUACGUUUCCUUCACAACUUUCACAGCUUACACAACUUUCACAAUUUACCAACAACAACAACAACAACAAUAAUAAUGAUAUAAGUAGCAACUAUGAUAUCAUGCAGGAACUCAAGUAUCAUAAAGAUCAAUUCUAA